AUGAUGACGUCACUGCUGGCCGUCGCGUCGAUGCUCGUCAUCGCAAUCCACGCCUUUGAUUCGUCGGAAAUUCGAAUGCUCGAUGAACAAUGUGAGUGGAUCAGAAGCAGCUGAAAACGUAUUGGAGAGGGAUGAACAUUGCAGAUGACACGAAGAAUCCUUUCCUUGCUUAUCUUGAAAAUGUGAAACGAAGCGACCGGACGAUCCGCUCGAUGGACUCCCUUGACUCUCCGCUCAUCCGUUUCGGGAAGCGCGGAGCCGACGGAGCCCCGCUCAUCCGAUUCGGAAGGGCGCCUGAAGCAUCUCCGUUCAUUCGGUUCGGAAAGAGAGCAGCUGACGGAGCUCCACUCAUUAGGUUAGUUAUUGCUCCCGCACCUUUUAGGAUUACACUUGCAUUGCAGAUUCGGUCGUGCUCCAGAAGCGUCUCCAUUCAUCCGAUUUGGGAAGCGUGCUUCUCCAUCGGCCCCGCUGAUCCGCUUCGGUCGUUCUCCGGCCGCCGUCCCGCUGAUCCGCUUCGGCCGUUCCGCCGCUGCUCCACUCAUUCGCUUCGGACGCGCCUCUUCCGCGCCGCUCAUCCGCUUCGGAAGGAAAUAA